AUGAGAGACGAUGACAUAUUAUGUUGUCAGACCGAUUUCUGGGUGUUUAUGGUCAUAUCUUUGGUCCUUGUGGCAUUUGCCGGUAUUGCAUCAGGCCUUGCCUUAGGACUCCUCUCCUUCAGCCAAGUCGAUCUUGAAGUCCUCAUUAAGUCCGGUCAGCCUCAAGAACAGAAGAAUGCAGCGAAGAUUCUGCCGCUUGUUAAGAACGAACAUCUACUUUUAUGUACUCUCCUCAUAGGAAAAUCACUGGCAAUGGAGGCGCUUCCCAUUUUCCUGGACUCGAUUCUUCCCGUUUGGGCUGCGAUUCUUGUGUCAGGCACCCUUGUUCUUGCAUUUACGGAGAUCAUUCCUCAAGCUGUAUGUUCUCGAUAUGGACUAAGUCUAGGCGCGAAAAUGUCUCACUUGGUCCGAUUGCUUCUUGUGGUUUUCCUCCCCCUGUCGUACCCUUGCAGUAAGCUGCUGGAUUGCCUCCUUGGCAAAGGGCAUUCGGCGCUCUUAAAACGAGGGGAGCUAAAAACAUUGGUGGAUCUGCAUGCUAAUGAGGCUGGGAAAGGUGGAGAGUUAUCGCAUCAUGAAACGACGAUUAUUGCUGGUGCUCUGGAUUUGACUUCCAAGACUGCUAAAGAUGCAAUGAUUCCCAUAUCUCAAACUUUCUCCCUUGACAUCAAUUCAAAACUCAACAUCCAUACACUUGGUUUAAUAACUAGCAAAGGUCACAGUCGUAUACCUAUCUACUCGGGAACCCCAACAAACAUCAUUGGCAUCAUUCUGUUGAAGAAUUUGAUCUUCAGCCGCCCUGAGGACGAAACGCCAAUUAAAUACUUGACUAUCAGAAGGAUUCCAAGGGUCUAUGAUAAUUCGCCUUUAUACGAUGUACUGCAGCAGUUCCAGAAAGGUCAUAGUCAUAUGGUUGCUGUGGUGAAGAGUAACAACAAGGAUACUAAUUCAAGAUCACUUUCAACACUGGCUGAGGGUAGAGGAUUAAAUUUUUCGCAUGAACAAAAAGAGCGUUUGAGCAUUCCCGUGGACAUACCAUCACCUCUAUAUUCAACUGAAACUGCAAAUACGACACAUAGGCAAGGAUUGCGCACGCAAAAUGUAUCAUCUGAAAGUUUAGAAUCUCUUCAAGGGGACAAGGAGGUAAUCGGCAUCAUAACAAUGGAAGAUGUCAUGGAGGAACUGUUGCAGGAAGAUAUACUGGAUGAAACAGAUGAAUACGUCGAUGUUCACAACAAAAUCAAAAUCAACCUCCUACCAUAUUCAAGACGAUCAUCAGCCUCAAAAACUCUAAGCAAAUCUGCGUCUCAGAUUUAUUGGAGAACUCCAGAGCCGGCUCUACUAUCUUCAUACAGCACUUCUGCACCCGGGUCUCCCAUUCAUCCAUACACUCAACAACCUAUCAUAAGACCUGCCCUGCAUGCAUCUGCAGGCCUGGCCUCAAGAAAAUCGAAUGAUGAGAAGCUGCAAAAUCCCAGUGACCACAAAGUUUAA